GUCAUAUAGAAACAGCACGUGACUUGGCUCCUUCUCAUUGUUGCAACUCUCAUCGUCUGCUCGCAGCGCAUCAGUUCUACCUCACGACUCACGACAUGGGUGAAGCACUCGGCACGCUGUGGCAAAUCGUUCGCGUCCUACUCAUCGUUUUCAAUUUCCUCUUCUUCGUUCUGGGACUUGCUUUCAUCGGAUUGGGCGGCUAUGCUCUUGAUAAUUAUGGAGCGGUUUUUGCGUUUGAGAGCGGACAGGCCUGGUCAUCGGCUCCGUCGCUUCUGAUCGCUCUCGGAGUCUUUAUCUUUCUCGUAAGCUUUCUGGGUUUUCUUGGCGCAUGUCUGAAGCAUCGCGUUCUGCUGUUUGUGUUUGGAGUUAUUAUGUGUUUUCUGCUUGUCUUGACGUUGACGGGAACGAUUCUUGGAUUCCAGUUUAAAAGCAAGAUUGAAUCCCAAUUGGGCGAUGCCAUGUGGAAGUCUAUCAGGAAAUACAAUAAUACCAGCGGAGACAAGAAAGCUUGGGAUGAUCUGCAGGAACAUUGGCCUAAGUGUUGUGGCGUCUACCACUCCUUUGACUGGACAAACAUGUCUCUACCUAUACCAGACAGCUGCCACAUUGAUGGUAAUCCUGCCAAUCCAAUACAAAAGCAGGGUUGCUACAACAAGACAAUUGGAGCUAUCACUGGACAUGUAGCAGAGGCUGCAGGCAUUGCUACUUUUGUGCUUUUUACUGAGCUGUUUGGUGUCGUCAUGGCUUUUGGUCUGGGUCGACAAAUAACAAAGAUGUCUUCAGGCAACUAUGAAGUUGUCUAAAUCAAUAACUCAUGAUCAGCCACUUUGUGCUGCUUGAAUUCACGAAUUGCUCUACUUUGCUCGAUGGUUUUCUAUGUUGCUAUUUUAGUUUUGUAUGGUCGCGUUGUUAUUAUUGUUAAUGAUUUUUGAUAUGCCA